AUGUCACAUGCAAGGGUGGGCCAACAUGAACUCAAUGUUCACCGCAAAGCUGCACGGGAAGGUCUCAGCUAUGAUGCAAAGAUAUCCUAUAUAGAGCUGCCAAUUUGCACUGACCAAAACGCUGGCACUGUUGGGAUUGAAACGUGGCCAAUCCUGCUUCCAGCUGAUUUGGUAGCUGCUAUGAUCAAGAAUGGAGACCUUAGAUUUCUCACUCAGCUUGACAAAAUGGAAGACUAUUGGAAACAUCUUCUGAAAGAUUAUCCUAAUCAUCCAGUGGUUGGCCAGGAGGCCAUGAGUGUACCUUUGACGUUGUAUGGAGAUGAGGGCCAAGCGCUGGGUGGCUCCUGGAUGAACUAUCACUUCUGCCCAUCCUUGAGCCCUUGCAUUUCCAAUUCUGCCUGCAGCCGCUUCCUCAUGUGCUGCAUUCCUGCCGCCAUGUAUGUGUUUGAUGAGCAUGGUGUGAAUCUUACGCUUCAAGCUGCAACAGCGGCCAUUCGGGACAGCUUCAACUCUUUGUCCCGAACUGGUGUGCCAAUCCAAGACCCGGAAACUGGUGAGUGCGUUUGCACGCUCAAGUUUUGGAUUGCGCAUGUCACGGGGGAUUGGAAAUUCCUCUACCAGACCUUCAACUUCCAGCGGUAUGCAACCUAUGAAGAGGCAAAUGGCUGA